AUGUCUUUGAGGUUGAAGCCAGGUAAGAUCUCCAGCACUAGUGUGGCCAGCCUCCUGUGUAUGCCGGCUGACAAAGCCAUAGUGAAGAAGGAGCUGCUGUCUGUGGUGGCGGGGACAGACAAGUUCACUGUCAAAAACAAACAUGAUGACGAGUACCCACCGCUGCCUCCCAGCAAGAUUGUCCAGCGGGCAGAGCACCUUGUGGGGCAGGAGAUGUCGUACGACAUCUGGACAUGGAACUGUGAGCACUUCGCGAACCAGCUGCGCUAUGGAGUCUCCCGCAGUGACCAGGUCACCGAUGCGCUCGUGGCGCUAUGUGUGACCGCGGGCAUCCUGGGAGUGGGCCUGGGCCUCAUCUGGUUCCUGCUGAACAGAUGCAAGCGAGAGAAGCAGGAGCAGUGA